GCUCACUCGCUCAACUCUCGGCGCCGCCGCGGCCCCACGCUCCGGGCCCGUCCUCGAGGCGCGCGGCGCGGGGCGCGGGCGCCGGGGCCUGAGGCGGCGGGCGACGCCCGGGGGCCUGACGGCCGGCCCCGCGCCAUGGUGUGAGCGCCGCCGCCGCCCGCGCACGCUCCGUCCGCCCUCCGCGCGGCCCGGCCGGCCGAGAGCCCUGAGCGGCCCGAGAGCGCAGCCGAGCCCGCCGCCGCCGCCCCCGGCCCCGCGAGUAGAGUCCCGGGCCGGCCCGGCUGCUGCGCGAGGAGCGCGGUCGGCGGCCUGGUCUGCGGCUGAGAUACACAGAGCGACAGAGACAUUUAUUGUUACUUGUUUUUUGGUGGCAAAAAGGGAAAAUGGCGAACGACUCCCCUGCAAAAAGUCUGGUGGACAUCGACCUCUCCUCCCUGCGGGAUCCUGCUGGGAUUUUUGAGCUGGUGGAAGUGGUUGGAAAUGGCACCUAUGGACAAGUCUAUAAGGGUCGACAUGUUAAAACGGGUCAGUUGGCAGCCAUCAAAGUUAUGGAUGUCACUGAGGAUGAAGAAGAAGAAAUCAAACUGGAGAUAAAUAUGCUAAAGAAAUACUCUCAUCACAGAAACAUUGCAACAUAUUAUGGUGCUUUCAUCAAAAAGAGCCCUCCAGGACAUGAUGACCAACUCUGGCUUGUUAUGGAGUUCUGUGGGGCUGGGUCCAUUACAGACCUUGUGAAGAACACCAAAGGGAACACACUCAAAGAAGACUGGAUCGCUUACAUCUCCAGAGAAAUCCUGAGGGGACUGGCACAUCUUCACAUUCAUCACGUGAUUCACCGGGAUAUCAAGGGCCAGAAUGUGUUGCUGACUGAGAAUGCAGAGGUGAAACUUGUUGACUUUGGUGUGAGUGCUCAGCUGGACAGGACGGUGGGGCGGAGAAAUACGUUCAUAGGCACUCCCUACUGGAUGGCUCCUGAGGUCAUCGCCUGUGAUGAGAACCCAGAUGCCACCUAUGAUUACAGAAGUGAUCUUUGGUCUUGUGGCAUUACAGCCAUUGAGAUGGCAGAAGGUGCUCCCCCUCUCUGUGACAUGCAUCCAAUGAGAGCACUGUUUCUCAUUCCCAGAAACCCUCCUCCCCGGCUGAAGUCAAAAAAAUGGUCGAAGAAAUUUUUUAGUUUUAUAGAAGGGUGCCUGGUGAAGAAUUACAUGCAGCGGCCCUCUACAGAGCAGCUUUUGAAACAUCCUUUUAUAAGGGAUCAGCCAAAUGAAAGGCAAGUUAGAAUCCAGCUUAAGGAUCAUAUAGAUCGUACCAGGAAGAAGAGAGGCGAGAAAGAUGAAACUGAGUAUGAGUACAGUGGGAGUGAGGAAGAAGAGGAGGAAGUGCCUGAACAGGAAGGAGAGCCAAGUUCCAUUGUGAACGUGCCUGGUGAGUCUACUCUUCGUCGAGAUUUCCUGAGACUGCAGCAGGAGAACAAGGAACGUUCCGAGGCUCUUCGGAGACAACAGUUACUACAGGAGCAACAGCUCCGGGAGCAGGAAGAAUAUAAAAGGCAACUGCUGGCAGAGAGACAGAAGCGGAUUGAGCAGCAGAAAGAACAGAGGCGACGGCUAGAAGAGCAACAAAGGAGAGAGCGUGAAGCUAGAAGGCAGCAGGAACGUGAACAGCGAAGGAGAGAACAAGAAGAAAAGAGGCGUCUAGAGGAUUUGGAGAGAAGGCGCAAAGAAGAAGAGGAGAGGAGACGGGCAGAAGAAGAAAAGAGGAGAGUUGAAAGAGAACAGGAGUAUAUCAGGCGACAACUAGAAGAGGAGCAGCGGCACUUGGAAGUCCUUCAGCAGCAGCUGCUCCAGGAGCAGGCCAUGUUACUGCAUGACCAUAGGAGGCCGCACCCGCAGCACUCGCAGCAGCCGCCACCACCGCAGCAGGAAAGGGGCAAGCCAAGCUUCCAUGCUCCGGAGCCCAAAGCCCACUACGAGCCUGCCGACCGAGCACGAGAGGUGGAAGAUAGAUUUAGGAAAACUAACCACAGCUCCCCUGAAGCCCAGUCUAAGCAGACAGGCAGAGUAUUGGAGCCACCAGUGCCUUCCCGAUCAGAGUCUUUUUCCAAUGGCAACUCCGAGUCUGUGCAUCCCGCCCUGCAGAGACCAGCGGAGCCACAGGUUCCUGUGAGAACAACAUCUCGCUCUCCUGUUCUGUCCCGUCGAGAUUCCCCACUGCAGGGCAGUGGGCAGCAGAAUAGCCAGGCAGGACAGAGAAACUCCACCAGCAGUAUUGAGCCCAGGCUUCUGUGGGAGAGAGUGGAGAAGCUGGUGCCCAGACCUGGCAGUGGCAGCUCCUCAGGGUCCAGCAACUCAGGAUCCCAGCCUGGGUCUCACCCUGGGUCUCAGAGUGGCUCUGGGGAACGCUUCAGAGUGAGAUCAUCAUCCAAGUCUGAAGGCUCUCCCUCUCAGCGCCUGGAAAAUGCAGUGAAAAAACCUGAAGAUAAAAAGGAAGUUUUCAGACCCCUCAAGCCUGCUGAUCUGACUGCACUGGCCAAAGAGCUUCGAGCCGUGGAAGAUGUACGGCCACCUCACAAAGUAACGGAUUACUCCUCAUCCAGUGAGGAGUCGGGGACGACGGAUGAGGAGGACGACGAUGUGGAGCAGGAAGGGGCUGACGAGUCCACCUCAGGACCAGAGGACACCAGAGCAGCGUCAUCUCUGAAUUUGAGCAAUGGUGAAACGGAAUCUGUGAAAACCAUGAUUGUCCAUGAUGAUGUAGAAAGUGAGCCGGCCAUGACCCCAUCCAAGGAGGGCACUCUAAUCGUCCGCCAGAGUACAGUUGACCAAAAGCGUGCCAGCCAUCAUGAGAGCAAUGGCUUUGCCGGUCGCAUUCACCUCUUGCCAGAUCUCUUACAGCAAAGCCAUUCCUCCUCCACUUCCUCCACCUCCUCCUCCCCAUCCUCCAGCCAGCCGACACCCACCAUGUCCCCACAGACACCCCAGGACAAGCUCACUGCUAAUGAGACUCAGUCCGCUAGUAGCACACUCCAGAAACACAAAUCUUCCUCCUCCUUUACACCUUUUAUAGACCCCAGAUUACUACAGAUUUCUCCAUCUAGUGGAACAACAGUGACUUCUGUGGUGGGAUUUUCCUGUGAUGGGAUGAGACCGGAAGCCAUAAGGCAAGAUCCUACCCGGAAAGGCUCAGUGGUCAAUGUGAAUCCUACCAACACUAGGCCACAAAGUGACACCCCGGAGAUUCGUAAAUACAAGAAGAGGUUUAACUCUGAGAUUCUGUGUGCUGCCUUAUGGGGAGUGAAUUUGCUAGUGGGUACAGAGAGUGGCCUGAUGCUGCUGGACAGAAGUGGCCAAGGGAAGGUCUAUCCUCUGAUCAACCGAAGACGAUUUCAACAAAUGGACGUACUUGAGGGCUUGAAUGUCUUGGUGACAAUAUCUGGCAAAAAGGAUAAGUUACGUGUUUACUAUUUGUCCUGGUUAAGAAAUAAAAUACUUCACAAUGAUCCAGAAGUUGAGAAGAAGCAGGGAUGGACAACCGUAGGGGAUUUGGAAGGAUGUGUGCAUUAUAAAGUUGUAAAAUAUGAAAGAAUCAAAUUUCUGGUGAUUGCUUUGAAGAGUUCUGUGGAAGUCUAUGCGUGGGCACCAAAGCCAUAUCACAAAUUUAUGGCCUUUAAGUCAUUUGGAGAAUUAGUACAUAAGCCAUUACUGGUGGAUCUCACCGUUGAGGAAGGCCAGAGGUUGAAAGUGAUCUAUGGAUCCUGUGCUGGAUUCCAUGCUGUUGAUGUGGAUUCAGGAUCAGUCUAUGACAUUUAUCUACCAACACAUAUCCAGUGUAGCAUCAAACCCCAUGCAAUCAUCAUCCUCCCCAAUACAGACGGAAUGGAGCUUCUGGUGUGCUAUGAAGAUGAGGGGGUUUAUGUAAACACAUAUGGAAGGAUCACCAAGGAUGUAGUUCUACAGUGGGGAGAGAUGCCUACGUCAGUAGCAUAUAUUCGAUCCAAUCAGACAAUGGGCUGGGGAGAGAAGGCCAUAGAGAUCCGAUCUGUGGAAACUGGUCACUUGGAUGGUGUGUUCAUGCACAAAAGGGCUCAAAGACUAAAAUUCUUGUGUGAACGCAACGACAAGGUGUUCUUUGCCUCUGUUCGGUCUGGUGGCAGCAGUCAGGUUUAUUUCAUGACCUUAGGCAGGACUUCUCUUCUGAGCUGGUAGAAGCAGUGUGAUCCAGGGAUUACUGGCCUCCAGAGUCUUCAAGAUCCUGAGAACUUGGAAUUCCUUGUAACUGGAGCUCGGAGCUGCACCGAGGGCAACCAGGACAGCUGUGUGUGCAGACCUCAUGUGUUGGGUUCUCUCCCCUCCUUCCUAUUCCUCUUUUACCAGUUUAUCCCCAUUCUUUUUUUUUUCUUACUCCAAAAUAAAUCAAGGCUGCAAUGCAGCUGGUGCUGUUCAGAUUCUACCAUCAGGUGCUAUAAGUGUUUGGGAUUGAGCAUCAUACUGGAAAGCAAACACCUUUCCUCCAGCUCCAGAAUUCCUUGUCUCUGAAUGACUCUGUCUUGUGGGUGUCUGACAGUGGCGACGAUGAACAUGCCGUUGGUUUUAUUGGCAGUGGGCACAAGGAGGUGAGAAGUGGUGGUAAAAGGUGCAGAGUGCUGAAGCAGAGAGCAGAUUUAAUAUAGUAACAUUAACAGUGUAUUUAAUUGACAUUUUUUUUUUGUAAUGUGACAAUAUGUGGACAAAGAAGAAGAUGCAGGUUUAAGAAGUUAAUAUUUAUAAAAUGUGAAAGACACAGUUGCUAGGAUAACUUUUUUGUGGGUGGGGCUUGGGAGAUGGGGUGGGGUGGGUUAAGGGGUCCCAUUUUGUUUCUUUGGAUUUGGAGUGGGGGGUCCUGGCCAAGAAAACUCAGUCAUUUUUCUGUGUACCAGGUUGCUUAAAUCAUGUGCAGAUGGUUCUAAAAAAAAAAAAAAAAAAAAAAGAGAGAAAAGAAAAAGAAAAUGUGUGCAUUUUGUAUAAUGGCCAGAACUUUGUCGUGUGACAGUAUUAGCACUGCCUCAGUUAAAGGUUUAAUUUUUGUUUAAACCUAGAAGUGCAACAACAGUUUUACCACAGUCUGCACUUGCAGAAGAAAGAAAAAAUUCAAACCACAGUUUAUUUUUUUUUUUUUUUGCCUACCUCAUUGUUCUUAAUGCAUUGAGAGGUGAUUUAGUUUAUAUGUUUUUGGAAGAAACCAUUAAUGUUUAAUUUAAUCUUAAUACCAAAACGACCAGAUUGAAGUUUGACUUUUAUUGUCACAAGUCAGCAGGCCCAAGAACUGUCCAUGAAGAUGGGAAAUAGCCUUAAGGCUAAUGGAAUUUACUUCCAAAUUUAGAAAGCAGAAUGCUUUGUUUUCACCGGAUUCGCCAUUAGAGGUUGAUGGGGCAACUGCAGCCCAUGACACAAGAUCUCGUUCUCGAUGUAGGAGGGUUGGUAGCAGACAGGUGGUCACGUUAGAAUAGUCACAAACUGUUCAGUGUUGCAGGAACCUUUUCUUGGGAGCGGGGGAAUUUCCCUUUUCUAAAAAUGCAAUGCACUAAAACUAUUUUAAGAAUGUAGUUAAUUCUGCUUAUUCAUAAAGUCAGCAUUUUCUGUGUUUUAGAUGUAAUAUCGAAGUCCUGGCUUUUCUCGUUUUCUCACUUGCUCUCUUGUUCUCUGUUUUUUUAAACCAAUUUUACUUUAUGAAUAUAUUCAUGACAUUUGUAAUAAAUGUCUUGAGAAAGAAUUUGUUUCAUGGCUUCAUGGUCAUCACUUAGCUCCCCUAAGCAUGUUACCGUCUCAGAAAAGGAUCAGGACUCCAUGUCACAGUCCUGCCAUCUUACUUUCCUCUCAUCGAGUUCUGAGUGGAAAUACUGCAUUAUGGCUGCUUUAACCUCAGUCAUCAAAAGAAACUUGCUGUUUUUUAGGCUUAGUCUUCUUCCUUUGUGGUUAAUUUUCCUGUAUAUUGUGAAAAUGGAGGAUUUUUCCUCUGCCCCCACCCACCUAAACACAGCAGCCAUUUGUACCUGUUUGCUUCCGAUCCCCUUGGCACCCACUCUGUCUGGCCUCUGUCAGUUUCCUGUUCUUGGUUCCGUGUUUUUGAAAAAGGCCCUCCUUUGAGCUACAAACAUCUGGUAAGACAAGUACAUCCACUCAUGAAUGCAGACACAGCAGCUGGUGGUUUUGUGUAUACCCGUAAAGACAAGAUAAGCUGAGAAGCCUUACUUUUUGGGGAAGUAAAAGAAGAUGGAAAUGGAUGUUUCAUUUGUAUGAAUUUGGAGCAGUGCUGAAGGCCAAAGUCGCCUACUGGUUUGUAGUUAACUUAGAGAAGGUUGAAAAGUUAAUCCUACCUUUAAAGCGAUUUGAGGUAGGCUGGAUUCCAUGGCCACAGGACUUUAGUUAGAAUUAAAUUCCUGCUUGUAGUUUAUAUUCAUGUUUAGGCUUUUCAUAAGAGGAAACAUGCCACAGUGAGCACACUUGUGUACAUAUCAAGAGAAGAAGGAAAGGCACAGGUGACUGUGGCUCCUUCCCUGGCUUUAGAGAACAGUACAGGGUGGGCAGAUGUCUUUGAAGAAAUGCUCAAUGUCUGAUGUUAAGUGGGAGAAGGCAGAGAACAAAGGAGUGGCAUCAUGGUCUUACAUUAUCCAAAGACUUGAAGCUCCAUGUCUGUAAGUCAAGUGUUAUCCAAAAAAAAUGCAAAUGGUGUUUCAUUGGAAUUACCAAGUACUUAGAACUUGCUGGCUUUCCCAUAGGUGGUAAAGGGGUCUGAGCUCACACCAAGUUGUGCUUGCCCCGCUUGUGCAGCUCCAGGUACCUGCUGGGCACUCUCGUGGUGUUUGUGGUGAACCGAAUUGAAUCCAUUGUGUGGUCUUAAGUUACUGAAAUUGGACCACCCUUUGUCCCUCUCGGCGGAGACUUCCUGGUCUGUGCUUUACUUGGUUUUUUUUCUUCCCGUCUUAGCCUCACCCCCUUGUAAACCAGAUUGAGUUGCUAUAGCUUGAUGCAGGUACCCAGUGAAGUUUCUCCAUAAAAGAUUGGGAGUCGUUGAAAUGUUUAGAUUCUUGUAGGAAAGGAAUUACUUUCCCCCCUUUUACAGGGUAGUGACUUCUCCACAGAAGUGCCAAUAUGGCAAAAUUACACAAGAAAACAGUAUUGUAAUGAUACCAUUACAUAUGGAACAUUGAACUGUUAGAGGAGUGCUCUUCCAAACAAAACAAAAAUGUCUCUAGGUUUAGUCAAAGCUUUCAUAAAUAAUAACCUUCCUGUUUUAAAAUCAGAGUAACCCUUUCUGUAUUGAGUGCAGUGUUUUUACUUUUUUCUCAUGCACAUGUUAUGUUGGAGAAAAUGUUUACAAAAAUGGUUUCGUUACACUAUGUGCACCACAUAUUUAUGGUUUAUUUUAAGAGAUUUUUUUAUGGGUUAUUUAGGUUUUCAUCUUAGUUGUAGCACACUUACCCUAAUUUUGCCAAUUAUUAAUUUGCUAAAUAGUAAUACAAAUGACAAACUGCAUUAAAUUUACUAAUUAUAAAAGCUGCAAAGCAGACUGGUGGCAAGUACACGGCCCUUUUUUUUGCAGUGCUAACUUGUCUACUGUGUAUUAUGAAAAUUACUGUUGUCCCCCCACCCUUUUUUCCUUAAAUAAAGUAAAAAUGACACCUA